UUCUUCACUCUCUCUUCAUCCAUCUUCCAACAUUGUUACACUUUCACACACCAUAACCUCAAAUGGCCAUUAGAAAAUCCAACAAACUCCCUCAAAAUGCAGUUUUGAAGCAAAUUCUCAAGAGAUGUUCAAGCUUAGGAAAGAAACAACAACAUGGGUAUGACGAUGAUGGCCUCCCUGUGGACGUGCCAAAAGGCCACUUUGCGGUUUAUGUGGGUGAAAACCGAAGUAGGUACAUUGUACCAAUCUCCUUCCUAACUCACCCUGAGUUCCAAUCCCUCCUUAGACAAGCUGAAGAAGAAUUUGGCUUUGAUCACGAUAUGGGUCUCACUAUUCCUUGUGAAGAAGUUGUUUUCAGGUCUCUAACAUCAACGAUGAGAUGAAAGAUAAGACAAGGGUUGAUGAUGGUUCUGAUUGAAGAGG